AUGACGGAGGAUUCGGCGUUGAUUGAACGCAUCAAAAAUGUCUCGUUGGACGGCCCGAUGGGCAAGCUGAACGAAUCGCAGCGCCAGACUGUGGAGAAGCUCCAGCGCCUUCAGAAAUCCCGCGAUGAGUUGGACGUGGCCUACAACAAGGAGCUGAACGAGUUGCGCGCGAAGUACGACCUUUUGUUCCAGCCCAUUUACGAGGAGCGCGAGAAGGUCCUGACCGCCCCCAGCGGCAACGAGAAGGGCACCCCGGCACUUCCGAAAUUCUGGCUGACUGCGAUGAAGAACAACAACACUCUGCGCUCGAUCAUCGAGUUCAGGGAUGAGGCGGUGCUGGCGUAUUUGUCUGACGUGAAGGCCGAGUUCCUGGAGCCGCUCAAGCAGGAGUCGUUCCGCAUCAGCAUGACGUUCGAUGAGAACCCGUACUUCUCCAACAAGGUGCUGACCAAGCAGUACACCAUGAAGGUGAUCGACGGCGAGGUGGAGGCCCUCCUCCAGGGCACCGAGGCCACUGAGAUCAACUGGUACCCCGACAAGGACGUGACCCGUCAGACCGUGACCAAGAUCCAGAGGCACAAGCGCACUAAGGAGACCCGCACUAAAACCGAGGUCGAGGACCAGCCCAGCUUCUUCCGCUUCUUCACCACGCAGGAGGUGCCCACCAAUGAGGCCCUUUCGCGUAUGACCAAGCAGGAGAUCGCAGAACUGGAGAUGUACGUGGAGGAGGACUACGACAUCGGUAUUGUCAUUAGGGACAAGCUGAUCCCGGAGGCCAUCUACUGGUACCUCGGCGUCGCAGAGGACGAUGACAUGGAUGAAGAUGACGACGACGAUGAAGACGCCGAGAGCUAUGGCAACUCCGAUUCCAAUUUCUCCGAAUCCAAUUGA